AUGAAGAACACGAUCACCAUUUUCAUGGCAGUAGCCUUCUUCUCCUCCAUUCUCACAGUAUACUCCAUCGAAUUUCAAGUUGGUGGUGACAAAGGGUGGGUUAUUCCCACCUCAAAGGAUAGUACUGAUCUCUACGACGUAUGGGCUUCCAAGAAUCGUUUUAACAUCAACGACACACUUCAUUUUGCAUACAAGAAGGAUUCAGUGUUGGUUGUGAGCAAAGAAGAGCAUGCAAAGUGCAAGUCAUCGCACCCUAUCUUUUUCUCCAACAAUGGUGACACUACUUUUGAAAUCGAUCGAUCUGGAUAUUUUUAUUUCAUUAGUGGAGUUUCAGGGCACUGUGAACGUGGACUUAAGAUGAUUGUGAAGGUUUUGGAGCAUGGAAACAUUGCUCAAACUGCAAACCAAACUUCUACGAACAGCAGUGAAGCGGUUUCAUUAAAGAUGGAUAGUACAGUAUGUUCGCAAAUUGUUAUCAUCGUAGGACUCAUCUCAAUGCUUACAGUUUUUGUGUAA